AUGCGCGCCCGAAUGCAUUCACCUUUCAUCACAGUAUGUUUUCAUCUGCUGACGACACGUUUCGCCGUCACGACUGACUCGCACACUUCCGUUUCCGGGUACACAGAAGCCACAGUAGGGCCGGCCCUGGAGUACUUUCCGGUCACUUCGACGGACACCUCCCAGCCGCAGCCAAGCGCCGGCAGCGAUCACGUGCCUCCCAAAACUUCACCCACGCUGCAGUACAUUACAGCGCCAACGGACAAAGCUGCUCCCCCGCCGGAUGGUACGAAGGACGGCCACGAGAAGCAUUCGAAGCGCAACGGCCUGGACAUCUCCGGAAGUGCACAUGGGGACAACGGGUCGCUCUUCACCCGGAGUAACACCCUCGAAGAUGACUCGUUCGUGUCGCAGUACAUACUGGCUCGACGGCACGACCUGCAGGUUCGCAGGGUGAGCCCGCCGACCCUAAGGGAGCUGUAUUCCGUGAGACACGGAUACAGUGGCGACGUGGCUUACUCGCAACGCGUGGGCGUCGUGGUGGUUCCCGGCCUGUACCAGAUGGAGCCGUACGUUUACAACUCGGACGUGCCCGCGUACUUCUCCUACGGCACGGUGGGCGCCCUCCUGGCGAGCCAGGUGGCGAAAAUUAUGCAUCCCAACUACGCUGGGGUCAGGCAAAGCGGCUCCUGGUGGGCCAGGGACACCCACGAUCGAUACUCACGCCGCAUCCGCUGCCUCGUCGACCUCCACUACCGACUUGGCUUCAAAGAUCACGUGGCUGGAUCUCCACAGGAGCAGCAGGCCACAAUGUACACCGUUGUCCAGGGGCUGCGCCUGGCGUUCGAUUCCAUGGAGGCGGACUUUCGAGACCACGCGCCCAACUACGGCGUGUUCAGUGCCUAUUGGCCCGAGGCGGUGCGCAUAUUCUUCAUGCGGUACUGCCUGCUCUGGUGCAGUGCAUCCCAGAGGCCCAACCCGCUGACGCCGCGCGAGAUGUGCCUCCUCCCAGUGCACAAUAUGCCGGAGUUCGCCGAAGCAUUCGGGUGCUCGAAAAGCGCGCGUUACGUCAAGGGACGCUGCCGAAUGUAGGGUUACACUUAGAAGUGGCUUACACUGGGACGGUGGGUGGGGACACACCGUGUUAUAUUUCCAAUGAUGAAUCUUUUAUUUGCGCAGAUCUCUUCAGAAAUACUGUUUUACUUGUUGAAAUGUGUGCGGUCAUCCUACAUAUUCAUCGUGUCGUGGUAAUAUCAGUGUGUUUUGUUGUCUGAUGCACGCUUCAUGAGGAUCGUGUACACUUCGAUAUUGCUCGCGUCUUGGCCUCUAAGGCUCGCUGUGUUUACGUAACCACCCUUUCAUCAGACCCGAUCAGACCAUGUCAAGAUUACGCGUUUUUCACCACCGGAUGCCAAACUCUUUAAUUCGGGAUUAAAUA